AUGAAAGCUUUCGGUUUUGCCUUUGGUCUGUUCUUCGCUGUGGGUUUUCUCCUCUGGACUCCUUUGACUGGGCUCAAGACUCUGCAUUUGGGAAGCUGUGUGAUCAACUCAAACCUCCAGGCAAUACAAAAGGAAUUUUCUGAGAUUCGGGAUAGUGUGCAAGCUGAAGAUGAAAACAUAGACCUCCGAAUCUUAAGGACAACUGAGUCUCUGCAAGAAACAAAGCAUUCGGAUAGGUGCUGUUUCCUCCGACAUUUGGUGAGACUCUAUCUGGACAGGGUAUUCAAGUUCUACCAGACCCCUGACCAUCGCAUCCUCCGAAAGACCAGCAGCCUCGCCAAUUCUUUUCUUCUCAUCAAGAAGGAACUCGCGAUCUGUCAUUCCCGUAUGGCAUGCCAUUGUGGGGAAGAAGUAAUGAAGAAAUACAACCAGAUUCUGAGUCACUUCACAGAGCUUGAACUUCAGGCAGCGGCAGUAAAGGCGCUGGGGGAACUCGGCAUUCUCCUGAGGUGGAUGGAGGAGAUGAUGUAG